UGUACAAUCAUAGAAUUUAGUAACUAUAAGCCAAGACAUGUACUGUUCAAUCAAAGACUAAAAUGGAUAUUCUCAAUCCAAUCAACCCUGCAAAAUGACAAACAUCCCUUUCACUGUGUGCCUCGUGAUGGAUGAGCGGCGGGGUGUCCCCUUGACCUCUGACGUGGUUCACCAUGCCUAAGAAACUGAACCAAUGCAUCGGGAUUAACUCCCUUGCAAAUUCCCAGGACUACCCCAACGUCGUUCGUCCCCCGGACGAUCCAUUCUGUCCAGCCAGUGAACUUGGUUUCGGCAAUGAACCAAGCUGGACCCUCACGCCCCGCCGGUACACCAGAUGGCCAUGUUGUUUCAGUCACCAAUGAGGAGGAAUGGGAUGAGCCCCGUACUGACAAGGGCAAGGGCAUUGCCAAGCCUACCAAAACCCGAGACUUGGCGUUCAAACGUCUUGGUUCAAAAAAUGAAGGCCCCCGGAAAUCUGCAAAACUUAGGCUCGGACCUGAUACUGUUCGUCCUAGUGCAUUCGAACGUCAUGGUGGGGUGAGAGGCGAGCAACCUGCUCAAUCUAGGCGGCCAAAGGGGACCCAGGGCCGUCACCUGGAAGAAGGGGAAGCUGAGAGCCAGCCUAGAGCCUCCGCCUAUACAAGAUUGUCUUAUGGAAGCGGCGAUAAAGAUUUUGAUGAAAUCGGGUUCAUGGCAAGGAAGUUGCAAGCCCUAGAGGACAAAGUUGAGAGGAGUGGACGAAAGAAGCAUACCUUGGCAAAGUCACCCUUUACUGCCUCGGUACACAUGCACAAGAUGACCCGGAAGAUAAAGCUAGACGUUGAAAAGUUCAUUGGUAAGGAGGAUCCAGACAUCCAUCUAGACACUUUUCACAACGCCGCUCAGAUGGUGGGUUGCACGGAUGCUGAGGAGUGUUUGCUGUUCUUCUCCUCUUUGAGGGGAAGGCCUGUGGAAUGGAAGUAUCAGGACAAUUGCAUCAAGAGGAAGAAAUGCACCUACCUUAACACGGUAGGACAGAGGGAGAAGGAGACCUUGAUCCAAUUCCUCCCCCGGUGGAGGGAGGAGAUGGACAAAGUGGAGGAGAUCAAUGACAAGACUGCCAUGUCACUCCUUAUGAACGCAUUCCGCUCUGGUGAACUCUAUAUAGAAUUCUGUAGGAGACCUCCCGCUUCCUACCAAGAAGCAUACAACACCGCGUGGGAGUAUGGGGAAGCAGAGAACCUAAACCAGAGCAAGAGAGAGCUGGAGGAAGGAUAUAAGGCCAAAUCAUCCCAGACCAAAAAGGAAGAUCAAUCAGGGGCUCGAAGUCAAAGACUCAUCACGAAGGCAUUGUGCAUGAGAUCCGAGACGAUAAAAAAGGGGGCAAGCCCAAAAAGCCCUGGACCGAGAAGUGGUGCACCUACCACCAGUGAGUUCAGCGGCGAGUACGCGGAAGAGGCGAGAAAGGCAAAUAGGUGGAACCGCUCGGGAGAAGGAGAAAAGGAUAAGGCAAAGAAACCCGCUACAAGGAAAGAGUACAUAACCAUGAUUGUGGGAGGGCCUGAAGGAGGAGACAUGGCGUCUCAAAGGAAGAAUUGGGCCAGGAGCUUGAACGUGGCCACAGUGUCAGCAGAACCGCGUACAAAAAAUGCAAAGAGAGAGCCCAUCACUUUUAGUGACAGGGAUUUGCCCCGUACCGGAGAAGAUCAUAAUGACCCAUUGGUCAUUACAAUGGAUAUAAACGGUGCGGACGUGGCCAGAGUAUUAGUUGACACAGGAAGCAUUGUUAAUGUUCUAUACUUGGAGACGUUCAAAAAGCUAAAGUUGGAUAGGUCACAACUGGAGCCCCUGCAGACUCCUUUGUCAGGCUUCACUGGAGCAACGAUUGAGGCUGAAGGAACUAUUACAUUACCUGUAGAACUGGGGACAGGUAGCAGGGUGGUGAGCAAGCGAAUGAAGUUCGUGGUGGUUGAUAUCCAUUGUGUGCACAAUGUGAUCCUGGGGCGACCCGGGAUCAACCAAGUGAGGGCAAUUAUUUCUAUGACUCACCUGUGCAUGAAGUUUUACACCCCCCAUGGCAUUGGGGAAGAAAGAGGUGACCAGAAGAAUGUUAGGUCAUGUUACCUGGAAGCUGUAAAGAAGAUGACCCACCUCUUUGAGCGGAUCGAGGUCAUCUCCCAACAAGUGGAGAAGGGAGAAGAAAAGCAAAGGCUGGAGCCCAACUCUAGCACGGAGGAGGUUCAGAUUGACUCGGCCAUACCAGAAAGGGUGGUAAGGAUCGACGGGGCAUCCGGACCAAAAGGUUAUGGAGGAGGAGUGGUCUUCACCACUCCAGAAGGCUUCAAGGUUUAUCACGCCUUGAUUUUUAAGUUCAAGCUAACCAACAAUGAAGCGGAAUACGAGGCCCUGAUAGGUGGGCUGAGGUUGGCUAAAUCGCUGCAUGUUUCACACCUGGUCAUCAAAUCGGAUUCGAGUCUGGUGGUAGGGCACGUCAAUGGGAAUAUGGAAGCAAAGGGAGAGAAAAUGCAACAAUAUCGAGACCUGGUGAUGGCCUUGCUACGAGACAUGGAAGAGUAUAAGUUCGAGCAGAUUCCUAGGGGGGGAAACACGGACGCGGACUUGUUAUCAAAGUUGACCCAAGCAGCCCCGGAACAUGUCUCAAAGUUGGCCAAAAUCGAGAUGGUGGAGAGGCCGAGUAUUGAGCGGCAGCCAGUCGGCCUGGUCAUGGAACUUGACCGGGUAGGUCUCGGCCUGGUCGAAGUAGAUGAUUUCUGGAUGACAGAUUUGGUCAAAUAUCUGAUGACCGGGCAACUUCCUGAAAAAGAUGACCGGUCACGAAAAGUGAAGUUGAGGGCACCUCGUUUUAAGCUACUUGAGGGAAAACUACACAAACGGGCAUUCGGUGGACCGUUGUUGAGAUGUCUGACGAAAUCUGAAGCGGAAAGAGUGGUUGCCGAGGUGCAUGAGGGUGUCUGUGCAGCCCACCAGAUGUCAAGGACCCUGGCGCAGAGAAUCAUCUUGCUAGGCUACUAUUGGCCGACAAUGAACAUGGAUUGUGAACGGUAUGUACAGAAAUGUCCAUCUUGCCAGAUUUUUUACAAAUUCCCAGGGCGCCCCGCAACUUACUAUCAUCCGGUGUCCAAUAUUGUCCCGUUCGCAAGAUUCGGACUGGAUAUUGUGGGAGCUUUCCCCGUGGCUCAAGCAAAUAAGAAAUUGCCAAUUGAGGCAAAGAUCCCAACGUUCCGUGAGGCAGAAUACAACGAGGAAGAAAACAACGAGAGUCACAUGGCUGAACUAAACAUGGUUGAGGAAAGGAGGGCCAUGGCUGAAAUGAAAAUGAUGGAAUACCAACAGAUAGUGAAGGCUUACCAUGACAAUAAGGUAGUACCCCGUUACUUCCAAGUAGGCGAUGAGGUCUUGAGACGCAGAGAAGCAAGCAAGCCUGGGGACGGAGGAAAACUGGCAAAAAAAGGGAGGGUCCAUACAAGGUGACUGCAAUCAUCCGCCCAGGGACCUACAAGCUGGAAACCUUGGAGGGGAAAGAAGUUGAGAGGUGCUGGAAUUCGCACCAUCUAAAGAAGUUUUAUCGUUGAAUAGUUGAAAAAGUUGUGCUUGGUGUGUGUAAUUGAAAUCUUCUCAACGAAUGAAUGGAAACUAUUUUU